AUGACCAUGUUCGCUGUAGAUUAUAAAAUACUCCAUUUAUUUGUCAAUCACGAGAGUUUUGCGGAAUUAAUUAAGGAUAUUACGGAAGGAAUGUUUAAACCAUUACUACUUGUCGAAAUCGAAAUCCGACGAAAAUUCGAUAAGAUGAUACAAUUUGCAUAUGCAACUAACAAGAGAUUCACAAGAAUAAUCGCAUUUCAGUUCGUAGCAAGUACAUUCGUAGUGUGUUCAAAUUUGUACCAAUUAACUAGAACUAAAUUAAUUAUGGAUUUCAUUGCGUUUUUUUCAUAUACAAUUUGUGUACUUGUACAAAUUUUUAUCUAUUGCUGGUUUGGAAAUAAGCUGAAGCUGAAGAGUCUUCAACUGGUAAAUAGCAUUUUCGAAAUAGAAUGGAUAGCACUGGACCAUAAAACUAAAAUGAGUCUUUUGAUAAUUAUGACUCGUGCAAUGAAACCUAUUGAAUUUAAUAGUGCAUAUAUUCUUAACAUGAAUUUAGAUUCUUUUGUUGCGUUACUAAAAACAUCAUAUUCUGCUUAUAAUUUGCUAGCGCAAUUGCAGGAAUAA